AUGGCCGGAGACAAAUCGAACGGUAUUCUGCAGCCCAGCUUUUCGAAGGCUAAUUCCCGUCUCGCGAAGUCGAAGAAGGACGCCAAAUUCACUGAAGCCGCGCCUGUCACCGAGAACAGCGGCCUUAUGUCUUCUUCCGACGCCGACGAUGCGGAUACGGGCCCGGCUCAAGAGUCCACCGACAAGCCUACCCUGCAGAAACUAAUCGUCCUAGCCAAAUCGCGCAAGGUCCUCCCCAAGGCCGGCGGCAUCAACAAGAUCCGGCUCGUAGCCGACGAUGGCGAGAAGCGUCGUGAGAUUGGUGAUCCUGGCGUCGCGGUGCCGUCUACCAACCGCAAGCUUAGGGACAAGAAUGAUCUUGUGGAGUCUCGACGACUCUGGUGGGAGCAGACGGAAGUGUUUGCCCAUCGCUGGGGCGGCAGUGACGAGAGUGAGGAUGUCAUGGAGUGGGUGAAUCAGUACUAUCCCAAGACGCAUUGGAAGACGCGGAAGGCGUUGGAGGAGAAGGGGGCGAAGGAGGAGACGGACUCCGAUGACGAAGAGGAUGGGGAGAAGAAAGUUCCUGUGCCGCGCCAGAAGCGCCGCCAGGUGUAG